ACGACUCCAUCGCCGUUCUGUCUCCCCCUUUCCCCGCCGCCGGUUCGUGCGAAACCCAACCCUACCAAAAUGCAGUGGCGCUUAAGCUGAAUCGCGCGCCGCGGCGAGGAGAGAUCUCGACAGGACCUGCGGGGCGAGAGGAGGGAGGGAGAGAGAGACCAUCGGGUUGCCAAGUUCUCCAUGGCUGGCGGCGGCGAGCCGUCGCGGUCUGCGUCCACCAUCGUCGCCAACACCGCGAGUGGGUACCACAUUCUCAGGAUCGAUGGAUACUCCCGCACCUUGGCGACCCCCACAGGAAAGUACAUCGCGUCCCUCCCGUUCACCGUGGGCGGCCAUCGCUGGUACAUUCGCUACUACCCCAACGGCGGCGACUGGGGGGCCAAAGAUUACAUCUCGCUUUAUCUUCAUCUCCGCGACGACGUCGCCAAGGCAGUGGAGGUGCACUUCAAGUUCCAUUUCGUCGGCGACGUGUCGGAGCAGGCGUUGACACUGGGGCAAGUGCGUAGCUUCACCAACAGUAAUCAGGGUUGGGGGCACCCUUUCAUCAAAAGGGAAGACUUGGUGCAGUCCAAGCAUCUCCAGGACGAUUCCAUAGCCAUUCGGUGCGAUGUGCUCGUUGUCGCCAACGAAUUCCGCAUGGAGGAGGCGCCGGAAGCCACUGCUGCGGCUGCUAUGAUCUCUGUGCCCCCAUCUGACCUUCACCAGCAUCUUGGCAGUCUCUUGCAGACCGAGAAGGGCGCUGAUGUGGUGUUCGACGUCGCCGGUGAGAGGUUCGCUGCACACCGGUGGCUACUCGCAGCCCGUUCGCCUGUCUUCAGUGCAGAGCUCUUUGGUGGGAUGAAAGAGAGCCACACCGAAGGUGUGGUGCACAUAGAGGACAUGGAACCUCGGGUGUUCAAGGCUUUGCUCUACUUCGUUUACACCGACUUAUUAUUCCAAAAGACAAAGACAAUGAAACAGGUGGAAGAGGGAGAUGCAGGCGACGACGGUGAAGACGUUUUAUCUCAGCACCUACUGGUUGCUGCGGACAAAUACAACUUGGAGAGGCUGAAACUGUUAUGUGAAAAGAAGUUGUGUGAGUAUAUCAAUGCAGGCAAUGUGGCAACAAUCCUGGCGCUAGCUGAGCAACACCAUUGCCAUGGACUGAAGAAGGUGUGCUUCCAUUUUCUCAGCUUUCCUGCAAAUUUGAGGGCAGCCAUGGCCAGCAACGGCUUUAAGCAUCUGAGCAGAAGCUGCCCCUCUGUUAUGUAGGAGUUGGUUGCCAUGCUCGGCACUUAGUGUAGAUCUCCAUCUAAGCACUAACUGCAGUUGGUGUUUUUCUCGAUCGACUUGUAUUGUCGAGCGGUUUUGAAAAAUGCUACGAGUUCAUGUUUUCCACUUUCAGUAAAAAUGACCUGUUUGGUCCAGGCAACAACCCUAGGCGUUUGAUUUUGGAGGCCUGGGGUGGAGACAGAUGUCUGGACAAGUUGCCUGGCACCAGGGCAACCAAACUUGCCAAGCUCUUCAAGGAGAUUCUGAGGUAGUUGAAUCUGUUACUGCUUUUGUUAGUUGACUGCGUCUGUGCAGCUCGACCAAUUCGCAGCGGAUGAUUUUGUUAUCUGCUAGCUUAGAAUCUCCACUAGAAGUCCUGUCUAUGACUCUAUGUGCUUGACAUAUAAUUCUCAGAAGUUGGAACGCAAUAAUUCUUAUUUUUUUAUCAAGUUAUGUUACCUACCAGAACUUCUUUACUUCAGAUGCAUAUAUACAUUGUUGUCAGAUCAUCAUAUAUACAAUAUCACGUUGAAGUUGGUUGUGUUGUGUCCUUCAGUCAAGGUUGCCUAUGAAGAUGGAGAUCUAUACUAGUUUCGCUGCAACAUCUUCGCUUUUGAUGUACUUCUGAUUGUAACACUGAAUGUUCAUGCUGCAGUAAAAUUGAAAUGUAUAUUCAAUCAAAGCAAUGUCGAAUCAUAUGCAUGGAACAUGUUCAAAAGA